ACGGAAAACAAUCGAAAGUGAAGGAAAAAGGUUUUCCAAGUGUACUUCCAGAGUAAGUGGACGAAAUAGAACCGAAAAGGUAUUUUUGUAACAAGUUUAACCUGGGUAGAAACGAGGCUACGCGUCGUGUGCGGUUCCGUAGAGAUCAGUGUAGGAAAAGAGUGGGAAAGUCCGAAGAUAAAUGUGGAACAUUCCGUGGCUGAGAGCAGUAUUCUAGAACAUAAAGGCUGUAUUCAUCGGUCCAGAAUUGAGUUAACCGCGGUCAUUUUAUUAUCUAAACGCUAGACGACGACGACGCAUCGAAAGUGAACGUGAACUCGGUCUAGUCUCGGUUCGUCAGUCCUCACAGUCCCCAACGUGCGUGAUAAACGUGUGAUACGUGUUGCCACUUUGGUUGUUCGUCGUUGUCGUUGUUCCUAGUUCCCUAACCACAAGCGCCAGCGUUCAAGAUGAAUAGCUUGGUGAGUUUGUUCAGCAACGUGAAGGAGUUCUACAGCGAGAUCAAUGGCGCCACACUGACCGGCGCAAUCGAUGUGGUCGUGGUGGAGCAACCGGACGGAUCGUUCGUCAGCUCGCCGUUUCACGUACGCUUCGGCAAGCUGGGCGUGCUGCGCAGUCGCGAGAAGGUGGUCGACAUCGAGGUCAAUGGCGAACCGGUGGAGUUGCAGAUGAAGCUGGGCGAAUCCGGUGAAGCGUUCUUCGUGGAAGAGUGUGCCGAAGAUGACAGCGAAGUGCCGGCACAUAUGGCCACCUCGCCGAUCCCAACUCACUCGUAUCUGACCAACUAUGAGGGCGCUAGCGCACAGGGCGCCGAUGGGCCAAUCUUUAAACCCAUCGGAGCAGAAAGCGGUGCCGAGGGACAGUCUUCGGUCGUUGGUCCGGUGGAUGCGGGUGAGGGUACCUCGAUGAUGAUGAUCCGGGAGAGCGAUGGAGCAGCCGUCGUCGGUGAGGAGGAAGUGAUGCCCCGACCGCGUCGCAACUCGGUGGAUCUCUCGAAUGAGAACGCCGAGCUGGAGAGAGUAAAGUACGAAAACCAAAGAUCCGAGUACAGCCACCGGCGGCACACGGACAACGUUACCAACAGGCCGGACCUGUCGCUGACGAAGAAGGAGUACACCAUGCAAAAGCUUCGCCAGGAAUGGGUCGCAGCGGCGGAGGCAGCCGAGCAGGAGCAGAUCUUCCACAUGGAGGGUCUGGAUGACGACAGUGGCGCUGCUGGAGGCGGAGGUUCAGGAGUGGAUUGGAAAAAUAGCACGCCCCUACCGGGUGGUGAUCAGUCGUUGGAAGACAAACAUUUUAAACCGAUCGAUGCUCAACCGACCACUACCGGAUCGGCGGCAGAGGUUCUGCCAGUGGCCACCACCAGCCCAGCAGUAAACCAGCAACAACAACAGGGCAGUGUGGAAGCUUUGGGUGACUCCAAAUCGAAGAAGAAACGGAGGAAGAAGUCGCUGAUGAAGAAGAAAAAUACGCAACGCAAGAACUCGACCAGCAGCAGCUCCGGUGGCGGAUCGAAUCAUUCCGAUCCGAACGAAGGUACGGAAACAUCGGACAGUCUCACCGCAUCUCAGCUCAGUGGAGGUUCACCGAAAGACACCGGUGAAGAUAACGCAGCAUUGCUGGCCGCGAAAGAAAAGGAGAGCUCCAUCAAGGAAGGUAGCGAAACGCCGGAACCAUCCUCAGCGCCUGGCGUCACCGCUCCCAUUCCGGCGGCAAUGUCCUCCAGCCACCAUGCCGAGCUGGACGUGCAUUUCUUCAGCGACACGGAUGUGGGGCUCGGCACAAGCCCACAGCAGUCGCGCCCAUCGACACCGAUUCAGAGCGACACGGAGUUCGAGAUGUCGCAGCGCGAAAAGCCCGUUACGGAAGAUCAGAAGCUGCUUUAUGGUGACGCGUGGAAUUGGGGUGAGCUGCCGACGACGCAGUCCGAGGCGAAAGCGGGCGGAGAUCCGGACGGUGGCAAGCAGGCGCAGCACAACUCCAUGCUAAACGGGCUCAUGAGUUUGAUGAAGUACAACAACAAAAAGAAACGUCAAAGCGUCCCUGAUGGCUUGUAUCUGUCCGACCUGGACAAAGUGAUGGAGCCGGAGAUUGCCAAACUGUACUUCCCUCCGCUACCGAUCCGCAAGCAGAAGAAGGACGAGCAGCAGCGUGGGGGCGACGGUGGCAGUGGUGAGGAUGAAGAUCGCGAGAGUGGCAAUGGGACGUCGAUCCCGCAGAGCCCCACGUCGAUGGAGGAUGGUGCGAUGCUGAAGGAAGGGACCGAUUCGGACUUUGACGACCAUCACCACCAUCAGCGGCAGACAAAAACGAGCGAAGCCGAUCUAGUUGGCCAGUCGAUCGAUACGAUCGCCAUAUCGCUCUGUGGAGGACUGGACACUCCCGACGGUCCCUCGGAGGAGCAGUUCGAUCGUGCGCGCCUGCAGUACUCGAACGUGCUAGCCGACCCGAGCGUGUUCGGGUCUCCGGAUCUGGUGGUGCGCAUCAACGGCAAGUACUACAGCUGGGCUGUAGCGUGUCCGCAGGUCAUGACAAUGCUAGCAUUCCAAAAGGCGCUUCCAACCGAGCUGCUGGACAGCAAGAAAGGAGGAGGUGAUGGGGACGAGUCCAAAAAGCAACAGGUGGCCCCGGAACAACAGCAGCAGCAGCAACAGCAAGCGCAACAACCGCAGCCAAACGUUGGCGGGCGAUGGUGGUACUGGCGACGUUCGAACGAAUCGAAACCGGCACCAUCGAGCAGCGAGGCACCCCCGCUGACACCUUCCACUCCGACGGCGGCCAACGAGCUAGGAAUGGAUGGUGUGGAUGGUUCUAAAGCAUCGUCUGCCGUAGCCACGCAGACGUCACGCUCGAACUCGCCGGAUGAGGAUGGUAAUGCCGCACCGGGAACAGCGGGAGCAUCCGCCGCGAUGGACGCUUCACCGUACAAGACGGCGACGAAGGCGGAAGAUGGCUACAAUGGAUCUCUUUCGUCCGAAGAUUCCGAGCUGGUGAUGGAAAAGUCGCAUCAGUCAAUGAUGGACAACAGCAACGACAAGGCGCUGGCGCUAUCGAGCGAGAAGUACCGAAAAACGCUCCGCCUUUCGUCCGAGCGUAUCCAUCAGCUGAAUCUGCAGGAUGGCAUCAAUGAGAUUGAGUUCAGUGUGACCACGGCCUAUCAGGGUACAACCCGCUGCAAGUGCUACCUGUUCAAGUGGAAGCACAGUGAUAAGGUUGUGAUUUCCGACAUUGAUGGCACGAUCACUAAAUCGGACGUCUUGGGCCACAUUUUGCCGAUGGUUGGCAAGAGUUGGGAUCAGAUUGGAGUGGCGCAGCUUUUCUCCAAGAUCGAGGAGAAUGGCUAUAAGAUGCUGUACCUGUCGGCCCGAGCCAUUGGGCAGGCGAAAACGACCAGGGGGUACCUUCAGUCAAUCCGCCAAGGCGACGUGAAGCUGCCGGACGGCCCACUACUGCUCAAUCCAACCUCGCUCAUGUCCGCUUUCCACCGGGAAGUGAUCGAAAAGAAACCGGAACAGUUUAAGAUCGCGUGUCUGAAUGACAUUCGGGACCUGUUCCCCGAUAGGAACCCGUUCUAUGCUGGCUACGGCAAUAGGAUUAACGAUGUAUGGGCGUACAGGGCUGUUGGCAUUCCGACGUCUCGAAUUUUCACCAUCAAUCCAAAGGGAGAGCUGAAGCACGAGCUGACACAAACAUUCCAAUCAACUUACGCCAACAUGGCUUACAUCGUUGACCAACUCUACCCGCCGAUUAAGCACAUCGAGGAGGAGGAUAACGAAUAUACCAGCUUCAACUACUGGCGUGAGCCAGUUCCGGAGAUCGACUUCGAUGGCUGUGACAUCUCCGGUUCCUCCUCCAACGGGUCGGCUUCAGGGUUGUCCGCCGCUAGUGAAAAACUCUCCCCAUCGGCAGCCACAAUCGUUCAGCAAGCCCUGCCAACUAUUCCCGAGAACUAGGCAGAUCAGAAAGAUAAACCUUUCCUCUCUAGCGCUUCGGCAAACACAAUAGUCGAGACACAUUCGGUAGAUGAACUCGUUAAACAAAAAAAAAGAAAA